AUGACGACCAUGCGAAAUCCGAACGACUCAAUGAAGUCCACCUGGCGAACCUGGGAUAAAGACCAAUGGAAAAUACCACACAAGAUCCUCGAGCACGCAAACGUACACCACGUCGACCUCGACCGCGAAGUGCCCGUGCAUUCCAAGGAAGACAAGAUACCCUACGUCUCAGAUUGGGCCUUGAACCGCUGGGUCAUCGUCCAUGCUGGCAUUCCACUUCUUAUUCACCAACUCUAUAACUCGAUUACUGGCGGCCAUUUCCAUCCUAUCGUCUCAUUCUUCUACUAUUACUACGCAUCGAGAUUAUUCACGACUCGUGAACUACGAAGCUUGCGUGAACUCGGCCAUAAAUAUGGGUUCUUAGAUGGAGAUAAACACGAACGGGAUGGCGUGCCCGAUAUAGGAGUUCAAAAAGCUCUGAUAUCGGUCCUGCUGGCGGGCUUUGUGCGUCCCUUGAUGACAAUAUACAUGACCUACAACGUAAACGAGGCACCAAUCUCCUUGAAUUGGAAAUGGAUUGCUGUGGAGGUCAGUCUGUACGGCAUUAUCCUCGACUUCUGGUUCUACUGGUACCACCGGAUUAUGCACGAUGUGAACGGUCUCUGGAAGUUCCAUCGAACACACCAUUUGACGAAACAUCCGAACCCACUUCUUACUAUCUAUGCGGACUCGGAGCAAGAAUUCUUUGAUAUUGCGGGGAUCCCGUUGAUGACUUACUUCACUAUGAGGCUUAUGGGCAUGCCGAUGGGUUUCUAUGAAUGGCACAUUUGUCAACUUUAUGUCAUGUUUGCGGAACUUGCCGGACAUAGUGGUCUCCGUCUUCAUGCUGCACCGCCGAACCCCCUGACAUGGUUGAUGAGAAUUUUUGAUGCUGAGUUGGUGAUCGAGGACCAUGAUCUGCAUCAUCGUCAGGGGUGGAAGAAGAGCCAUAACUAUGGCAAGCAGACUCGAGUUUGGGAUCGGGUUUUUGGAACUUGCAGUCCUCGGAUCGAAAGUGUGGAGGCAAACAUUGAUUAUGAUAACUCGAUUGGUAUGCCUAUUUUCUAG